GGGAAAUUUCUCUGCCCACUCGCUCUCUGACCCUGUGAUGUCAGACUGUUUUCCUCUUCCUGUUUCUGCACAGAAGUUAAAGCUCAGCAGCGUUUUUAAUCAAAGAUUCAUCGGCAUGGAUAAAUCGAUGUCCCAGGGCUGCUAGUUGAGUUAAGAUGGCAGAUAUUACUUCUGAAAUUUGGGGGACCUUCUAAUUACACUCGGAACAGCAUGGCAGAGGAGAGCAGGCCUCUGGAGGAGAAGAAGCUAACGCUAGGAACAAAGGCUAGAACAAACGCUAACACUGGGUCUACGCUUUCCUCUGACAGUCCGUCUGAAAGACCACUCUCGGGUUCUGGACGCACUGAAGAUACCUUAGAAGGAGCCGGUGCUGCUGCUGAGCAUCACAUCAUGGGUAGUUCCAACCAGCCGAUUAGCAUGACUGCUAAUACGUCUGGAGCCGAAGCUCGUGACAGUUUGUCUGGAAGGACGAUCUCAGGCUCGAGAAAGACUGAGGGAGUAUUUGGAGGUGCUGGAGUUACUGCUGAACCUCAGAACGUGACUAGCUCCAACCAGCCGCUUAGCAGCGGUGCUAAUGGCAGUGCUAAUAGGUUUAAAAUUUCCUCUGACAGUUCGGCUGAAAGAACAUUCUCUGUGCCUGGAAACGCUGAGAAAAAUAAUGUAGGAGCCUCGGUUGGUGCUGGACAUCAGAACACGGCUAGCUCCGAUCAGCCGUUUAGCGGGAAUGCUAGUACGUUAAAAGCUGGAACCAACCCGGCUGAUAUGGACGAUAGCAACCCAUCUUCUCUGCACUCCACCUCUACCUGCUCUUCUUAUAGCCUUGAAAUUAGCCUGUCCACAGCCAGUAAUGAGAAGGAAUCACAACCACUGCCUUUGCAGACUCCUCCAGAAAGUAGAAAUGACCGGAAUAAACAGAUAAAUCCGUUAAUCCCGCCUGAAGAAACAAAACUAGCCGUAACAAACUUUUCUAGAGCUUCUGCUCCUGGGCCUCCGCAUCAAAGUGCCCAACCUGCAGAGUCAGUGGCUGGUAAGGUCACUAGGUGCACAGAUAUGCUGGGAAACUGUCAGAUUGUAACAUCCAAAAAUUCAGUUUCUAGUGCGGAGAAUGCUUUUUCAUCCAUAACUAGCGGCAAUGGUAAGCUGGGAGCGCAGCCGUUUAGCAAAUUAGCAAGCCAGCCCCCGAAAUCUGCCUCGGUGCAAAGCACUGAACGGAUGGACAGCUUUAGCUUUGAAAGGAAAAGUGCAGAAGAUGAGGAGGAGAUGUUUUAUGCCUUUGUGAUCCUGCACGCUCCAGAAGACGCUGAAGAAGCGGCACGGCUGAAGGCCAGGCUGGAGAGAGCAUCAUCAACAACCGGAGCCACUUUUGCUGAAGAUUUUGCCGAACCGGGACGAUCCCCGUUCCGGUGCGUGGAGGACGCCAUAAACAACUCAGCCUACAUCAUGCUGCUGCUAACGGCCAACUUCAACACUCGCUUGAAUGAGAUGAACACAGAUUCUGCCCUCAUAAACUCCAUCGAGAAGCCUCAUAAGUACAACACGGUCAUCCCACUGCUGCCCCGCGACAACAGCCUGACGUCCGCUGAGCUACCUAUGGUAUUGAGAACCAAAUUCCCAAUGAGAGAAAGGGACAGAGCUUUCGAGAUCAUGGCUAGGAGGGUUCUGGAUCCAGAAAAGAUCCGGAACCAGAAGAAGAUAUGGAAGCAGGAACUGCUAGUCAGGAAGCAGCAAGAAAAGCAACAACAGCUACAGGAUGAAAACAGACGCCAUAAAGACUUCAUUCGAGAGUCUGAAAAGGUCAGAGAGCUAGAAAACCAGAGGAUGCACCUACUAAUGCAACAGCAGCGUCUUUUACAUCCUUACGCUCCACAGCCACAGUGGUACCCAGCAUUUCCUGGAGGAGCUCAGCCUUUUGGUCCAGUGCCUCAACAAUGGCCGGAACCAACACCUCAGCCACCAUCAAGCAUCCACAUCCAGAACGCAAAGUACAUCAUGAUUGGCAACGACUCCACCAUGACUGUCAGAGGAGACAGCUCUGGAGACGAGGACAGUUCAUGAAAUAUUGAGAGGAAAAUUGCAGAGGUUUUCUUGUGUUCUGUUUGGUAGCGGUGUAACGAUACACAUAUUGUCGGGUUUCUGAUUAUGAGGUCAAGAUUCAACAUGGUUUUUGAUAUUUCAUAUGCUAAUGUCUAAAUUUCUAGUUAUUAAAUGGUUCUCAGAUCUUUUUAUGUGCCUGCUAUGCCGCAAAAUACUAAAAUAGGCCACAAAAAAUUGCAACCUUAGAAUUUAUAAGCUCUUCAGACAAAAAGCCAGUGGCUGGGUUCGAAAUAGCCUACUGCAUACUGCUCAUGUACUGAUUUCCCCACAAAAUAGUAAGAAAAAUGCAGUUUAUGGCCAACAUUUCUCCAGUACGCCAAAGAUACCCAGAUGACGUACUGCUCAGGCCAGAAAACACGGUCAUUUCACGAGGGCAUAACCACUGAUGUAACCCCAAUGUUUAGCCCCCAAGCAUUUUAGUAGCCCAAAAUUCAGCCUUAAAUGGAUACAUAAAUGUUAAAAAAGGCUAAUUUUUCCAAAUUCUACUACACUCAGAGCAAAGUUUAAGCCCCAUCAGUUUUCUGUGCUGGUCUUGCUAACUUGCUGCAUAGAUAAUGCGGGGCCGAUCGUGGGCUGCAGGUUGGGGAGCCAGCCUUGUGACCAGUAAGCCACUGGUUCGAUCCCCUGAGCCGACAUGACUGAAGUGCCCUUGAGCAAGACACUUAACCCCCAACUGCUCCCCGGGCAUCAUGGAUAGUGGUGCCCACUGCUCCGGGCAAGUGUGCUCACUGCCCCCUAGUGUGUGGGUGUUUCACUGCACAGAUGGGUCAAAUGCGGAGGUCAAAUUCCUCUGUGUGCGAGCACAGUUGGCCGGUGGUUCUAAACUAAACUAAACUAAUGUGGUUGAAACAGUAGCUUAAGUUCUCAGUUGAACAAUCUGCGCAGCAUCUGAAGAUAAAAUAACUGACCUUUUAGCAAAUGUUGUAAACACUGGUGUCUCUGGAUUCCACAGAUUUGCCACUCAAAGGGGACAUUGGGUAGAAAACAACACCCUCCACUCUGUCAUGCUGUCUUUUAAAAGCCACCCUGGCACAUCUUUAGACCAACAUAUAUCCACAUGCCCUGCUAAGCAGCUGAAAAGCAGCCAGCAACGGUUGCUAAGCAGUGAUUGGAGGGCUAAGGAAAAUGGGGCGGGUCUGGAGACGGGUCUGAUUGGCUCAGUUCCUCAUGUUAGCGGUCUGGUCGUGUCCCUGCUUUGUAGUACGGCACACGGCUGCUGUUAUAUACUAGAUUCAAUACUGGAUAUAUGUGCUACUGAUGAAGAGUAGUAUUCAAUGUACAGUAUGUACUGGUGCAGUGUGCAGUAUACAGUACACAGUAUGCUAUUUUGAACACAGGCAGCUGUUUGGGAGAGGGUGUGUCCAUUGCAUAAGCCCCGCCCACUCUCCACCUACUCUGAUAGGAUGCACCCACGUGCCUAGUUUGAUUGUUGACAAUGGUUUCAAUGAAUAAUGGUAACUGAGAGAUGCUCAUUUCUUUCUUUUUUUGAUACUGUAUUGAAACUUUUAUUUUUUUACUGUCUGGAUUAGUUUUAUAUUAGGAGGUGCUGUAAUGUAAUUUUGAGUUUGUGAGUUUUGUCCAAUCAGAACUUUAAUUGACUGCAUAUUCCUGCAGAUGUAAAGAUCCACAGCAGUUUUUACCUGCUGUAAAAUGAACUGUAGAAGUAACCCCAGGUUAUUUCAGUCCUGUGCAAUUUGACGUAUUCCAUCAUAUCCUGUGGGAAAGAAGUGUUCAUGUUCAGGCACUGAAACAAGCAUUUCAUCGCUGUCCAAUGAUAAACAUGUAUCUCCAUUUUUUGUGAUUUUUACUUUUCAGCAUCAUUUGAGCUCAGCAGCUGUCCCUCACAUUGUGUGAAAGUUUUGUAAUGGACCAAUAGAAAUGCUCCAAAAUUGCUUAGAAUAAAAACUUUUUCCAUUAACUUACACUGAAAGUAAAGAACGUUUUGCCCUCUCCUGUAAAGUUACUAUUUCGGAGAUACUUGCUUUUCGUUGGACGGCGACGAUUUAUUUGUAUUCUCAAUAGCCCAAAUCAAGCCAGUACGUACUGGGCAAGUAAGUGACCAUGACAAACAUUAUGAUCUGCUAUGUAGGUUGAUGUUAUGUGACGAUUUUUACAAAUGACAUCACUAAUGGCACGGUACAUUGAGUUCAGACAGCUGGGAAGGCAAAUGAUUAGGAUGAAUGAAAUAUUGAUAAAUGUUAUAACGUUUUUUGUGAGCAGCCAAAGCUACAAAAGAUACUGUUUAUUUGUUACAAAAAAAGCACAUUGGACCUUGUUCAUCAAAGAGCUCAGAUUUGCCCAUCUUUAACAUCGGAUGAACUGCUCUGCGUCUGAGUCAUGAAACUUUCAUACAAUGUAGAAACGAGCAGAGAUUUGAGCGCAAAUGAUGAAAUCAGCUUCGGUGCGUGAAAUCAAGCGCCGGCCUAACAGCACCUCACUUACAUAUCAUUCAUAGGAAGCAUGUUUCGGUAGGGAGCCGGAAAGACGACAGCAUUAAGCAUCUUGCGAGCCAAUGGCUGUGUUUUUUGGUGGAGUUUGAGGUCGAACAAUGAGUGCACUACUCCCCCUACUGACCAAACUUUAUAUGUGUUAUGUGUUAAAUUUACCACAGCUGGAAAGAAGAAAAUGUAAAAUGCAUAAAACGUUUUAGGUAUUUUAAGAUGGUAGAAUGAUGUGAUUGUGUAGAGUGAUUAUUUUCCUAAAAUAACAUUAAAACGCUGUAUUAUUGCAGGGGACAAGAUGCUACUACACUAGCUGUGGUUUUUUUUUAUUAUUUUGUGAGUAUAAAACAGAAGCACAGUUUAAUACGUCUAUUAAUGGGAGCGUUCAAGCAUUUAUACCAACGUGCAUGUAAAAUAAGUACACCCAACCGCAAAUCUAGCAUUUGUUUCAGGUUGUUACACUAUUACGCUCAGAUUUACGCGCUCCUACCAGACGCGAGUUUGAUCGUAUGCAUACGCCAAAGACGAAACUGAUGAAUAACAAACUGUAGGUGAAAUUUGCGCUCAGAUUUGAUGAAUAAGGGCCGAGUUCUUUUCACUAUAUUCUUCUAACCUACACAUUGAUACUGUUACUGACAAACAACACAUUCUUCUUACUUUUAACCGUUUGUUUAUUUGUAUUUGUUGUAAAGUUAUCCCAAAGGAAAAAUGUCUUUCUAAAGAUGAACACACAAAUGAGAAAGCUUGAGGUCUCCUUCUGCACUGAUAGACUUCUGAAGGAUUUCUGAGAUGUGUAAGAAAAUGAGAUCUUUUAGUUUUCGUAUGUAAAUAUUAUUCCGGUAAGACUGAGCGGAGACGAGUCAGACACUAAAGAGUUUGCGAGGCGAUUGUUUUGAUCAAAGUUUGAACAUUGGUUGUUUCUCAAGGGGCCACAUUUCAGAAACAAAACACUGAAGUCUCGCCCUGAUUUCAAAUAGGACUGAACUACGUUUAGGAGGAGUGAACGAGAUCACGAGGAGACCUCCUGUAGACUCUUUCUUUCCUCUGGGAUAUCUUAUGUUACAGUUUCAUGGCUGACUAAGACUUCUGCACACUAUUGUUUGUCUGGAAAAAAGCUCAUUAUCUCUCUUUGCUGGCCCAGACUGGUUCCCCCAAAUUCUGAAUCUAGUCAAGCACUGUGUUUACAUGCGCUUAAUAAUCUGAUAACUGCAGUAAAUCAGAUUUUGUCAGUAAUCCGAUCAACGCAUUUACAUGCACUUGAGUAAUCAGAUAAUGGGAAAACUCCAGGUCUACGUGAGUCAGACACUAAUCCGAUUUCUGCUUUGCAACCAGCCAAUAAACUCACAGAAGAAGACGUGACGUAAAUCUAACGUAAAACUCAAACUUCAUGCCUUUUUUUUAAGCAUUGCGCCACUUUACCUGAAAAUAUGAACACACAUCAUCUAGAAGAUGAAGAAUAUUUAAAUCUU